AUGUCCCCUAUCAAUAGAGAAAAGUUAUUCCCUCCUCAUUAUGGAAGGAAAGAUUUUAUCAUACUUAUAAAACAGGGAAACGUCGUCUUCCAGGAUGCUUCAGGAUCUUGUCUCGGAAGGGAUUAUACAUAUAUCCUGAAAAAUAGAGGCAGUAUUGACAGCUCCUGUAAAGAGUCUUUGUUAGAGGAUUUUCAGAAACGAAGUCUCACACCUAAUGGGGAUAUUUUAGAUAGGCGCUGGCCGGCACAUACUAUACAGGAGCUCACAAAUAAUGAUGCAAUAAUUGAUGAAAGCUCAAAAGGGGGAUUAUCAGGGGAUCUAAAGCAACGUAAUUCUUUUCUACAAGACAUCCGAAACAUACAGAUCUUUAUGAUUACAAAUAAUAUGGACAUUCUACAACGGUUUCUUCAAAAGGUUAGGUACGUAAGACAGAGGGUUCUAACUACCGGAAUCGGCAUUAUCAUAGGAUAUCAGAGGGAAUUAAGUGUGGUUGUCCAAGUGACCUUAUCAAUGAGAAAUAGAACAUUCAGCACCGAAGUAAAACAUCAAGUGAAAUAUCUCCUGAACCUCAAAGGGGAAAUGCGGAAAAUCCAUACACUACAGCAGCGACUGAAGGAAGGAAUCUUAGUAAGCAUCGCAAUACUCGAAAUCCGGAAUCAUCAGCAGCCAUUCGAGGGAAUCCAUACUAUAAUCCUCAAGCAAUAA